UCUCUUUAAUAGUCUCGUAAUCUCGUCGGUGGCUCCAAGCCAAGAAUACGACUGACGUCGGUGGGCGUCAGGAUGUAUCGCAUGAAUCAGAAUAGCCAGCAAAGGGGAAACAUAGAUGAACUUCGUCAGAAUUGUCAGAAUGGAAGACAAGCCGGCUCCGUGAAUCAAAUGCCGAUGACGAUCUCGGAACAAUUCAGGCAGUCGUGGCUGACAGCGAUAAUUGGGUCCAUCAUGUUUGCCACUGGAAUGUGUCUACUAUUUUGGAAUGAGGGAAGAGCCGUAAAAGUAGCACAUUCCUUGGAUGAGGCUUUACACAAUGUUAUCGUGGUUCCUAAUUCAAUGAUGCUAUCAUCUGAAUAUGAGGGUCGCUUGAUACAUCUAUCGGGUCCCUUAAUAGUCUCUGAACCAUUAACAGAACCAGAUUACGGAAUUAUUAUAUCAAGCGUGAAGCUGAAGAGGAGAGUUCAAAUGUACCAAUGGGUUGAAAUCGAGGAAGAACCAAGUUUUGGCGAAAUAACAGAGGGCGAGAAACACUAUUAUUACACAACAGAAUGGAAAGACAAACUCGUGGAUUCUGAUCACUUUUACAUUCGUACAGGGCAUCACAAUCCCAAGGAAAUACCAAUCAAAAGCCAGGUGCAGAUCGCAGACGAAGUGAAGAUUGGCGCUUAUACGUUUGGCAUGGAAUUGAAGAAAAAAUUCAGCGAUUUUGUAGAGAUCACCAGUGAUGAGAGACCAGAGCGAAAGAACAUUAAAAUGCACUCUGGACUGUAUUACCACAGUACAGAUUUGUGGAAUCCUCAAGUGGGAGACAUUAGAAUACAAUUUUCCUACUCAGGAAAAAACGGCAAUGUUUACUCGGUAGUUGGCUUGUUGGAAAAAGAUACCAUCAAACCAUAUUACACAUCUCAUGGUGAAGAAAUUUUGCUUCAACGAAAGCAUAAAAUGUCGGUGGACCAGAUGUUCCAUUUGGAACAUGUGCAUAAUUAUUGGCGAACUUGGACCGUCAGGUAAUUUCUGAUAAAAACAAAUAUUUUAAAUAAAAAUGUCCUUUGCGGCAUAAUUGCAGUCGAGUCUCUGACUAUGUCAGUCUCUAUGUCUAUCAGUUUAUUGGUGAUUGGUUUCGCUUGGGUGUGGUAUCGACCAGUCAUUGGUCUCUGUUUAGCACUAGCCUCCGUUUUGCCGUUUAUUUAUUCGACACUAACAUCGGGAUCUUCAUCUCAGCAACGUGAUAAUUACAGGAGAUUAUAGAUUAUGUUUAUUAAGUUACUUUAAAAGAGUGAUUUAUCUUAAGAUGCAUUAAAUUAUUAA